GAGAGAAAACAUUAAGACAAAAAAGAGUCUCAAUAACAUCAAACAAGAAGUAACAAUUUGAAUUUAUAAAAACAUUUCGUUGACAAUCAAACGAAAUGAUUAACAUUUAUCAUCGUAAACUGUGAAUUGUGACUAAAAAAAGUGAAACAACAAUUAAAACAAAACGAAAAUCAAUUAACAACAAUCACUUUUCACUCGAUUAAUUAUCCCUCUCAUUUGUUUGUUUCUUUCUUUUCUCUUGGCGCCUUCGCAAAGUUUUCCCUCUUUUUCCCUCGUCAAGAGAAGGGAAAAAAAGAAUAGACAGUAAAUCGAAAGAGAACAUCAGAGGGGAAAAAGAAUAGGAGGUAACAUGUUAUUGUGAUUCUCUUUCGUUUAUUUUCAUAUCUUGUUGAAUUCUGGUUGUUUAUGUUUUCUUUUUGUUUCUCAUCUUGAUUUGAAUUUUUCUUCUUACAAUUUAUUGUUGGUUAAUUGUUAAUUCUUUUUCUAUUUGUCUUCUUGUUCGAGUCAAAAUGAGUGAUAAUCGAGUGGAAAAUGCAUUGGAAAUUCCAUCUCUGGUCCAUCGUUUAUGUUCAAAAUUACUUCCAUGUAAUUCUGACAAGGUUUCUACAAUUUAUUCCACUACAAUGUCACUUAUUUACAAUGAAAAUCAAAACAUGAACCUCGAUGAUAUUGAAGAGCUUUAUUUCAUUAUGAGAAUCAAGAGAUUACUUGUUCGCAAUAAUAAAGAAAGUGAUGCUCUCAGGUUUGAAGAGCUUUAUUAUAAACUGAAAAGAGUUGGUACCUGUAGAAAUCCUAUUGCUAUGGUUGUAUUUUUAUACGAAAUGUCCACUUUAAACAAGAAUAAGGAUGAGAAAUUGGAUCUUCACGGUCAAGAUAUUGCAAGUAUGUCCAAUCGGUUUGGAGGUACUAGUAACAUGGCUUUUAAUAAUAUUCCUGGUAUGAUGCUGAAUGGUAUGAAUGGUGAUAACCAUAGACAGCACUCUCCUAUCGUCCCUAUGGCACCGGAUAUCAUGCCAAUCAUGGACGGUGGUAACAAUUUACCAGGACAUCAUAAUCAAGCCUCCGGUGGAGGUUAUUUAAGAAACAGAACAAAUAAUGUUAAAGCUCAAAGACCCUUCUCCUUACAAAUAGAUGACAAAGACACUGGGAAAAUUUAUUCGGAAAUUGAUCUGUUUCGUGAGAUACUUUUCGCCUUUCAAGGUUUAAACGGUCGUAUACUAGUCCAAGAUCCUGCAAACGAUGGCAGGUACAAGAUUAAUCCUCAAUAUAAUAUCGGUAUCUGUGAACGACAAAUGGUCCAUCGUCUUACUAACAUUGGUUGGUUAUUCAAUAAGGUUAACAAAUAUUGUGAACACACCAUCAAAAAUGAGACACUUGGUUAUGUGUGCCAAAGUUUUGCCUCAGCCUUACAUGAGGAAGUCUUGAAGUUUUAUCGACUUGUAACUAUCAUCGAGCAAGAGUUACACUUCUCAGCUAUGGAUCCAGAUUCUGCUGCAGGUCUAACACUACUUGGAUUACACGCUCGAACAUAUCCCACAGCAUGUUUAUUAAAAGUUCUCACCAAUUUGAUUGAAAAUUGUCGCAAUAAACGUGGCGGUGCCUUGAUCAAAGAAGUUCACAAAUAUAAUCAACACGGUGAUCAAACCGUUCGAAGUUGUAUGACACAGAUUUUACGUCAAGUUGUUCUUCCAAUUCGCCAAAUGCUCAGCCAAUGGAUUUUCCAUGGAGAAAUAGAUGAUCCAUAUAAAGAAUUUUUCAUAAUCGCCUCACGUCCAACAUCCGAAAGUCAAGAUCCAAUGUGGCAUGAAAAGUAUCAACUUAAUCGAUCGAUGUUUCCUGGUUUCAUUGACCUCGAACAAGGGAAAAAAAUUCUUGCCACAGGCAAAGCGGUUAAUUUAUUGAAACAAGUUUUCGAGGAUACAUCUUGUGUUCCUGGUUAUGACAUUUUAAGACGAACCUUUGAAUCAACCGAAGUUGGCCUACUAUUUAACGAUAAUCGUCGAAAUGGUCAAGAAGGAGAGUUUCAAAAACUAUUGACAAGAGCUUAUCACGAGACCAGUAAACGAGCAUUAGAAUUACUUUUUGAUAGCUAUCAUUUUAUGGAUCAUUUGAAAGGACUUCGUAAAUUCAUGUUACUUGGACAAGGUGAUUUUAUCCGUCAUCUAAUGGACCUUUCGGUGAAAAAGCUUGAAGAACCUGCACAAAACUUGAAACCUCUCGAAUUGAAGAGUUUACUUAACACUGCAAUUCGAGCGACAAAUGCUCAAUUUUUAGAUGAAGAUGUUACCGAAAGGGUUGACGUUCGUUUCUCCGAUUCUCUUCAAGAAACUGGUUGGGACAUUUUCAUGUUAGACUACAGGACAAGUGGACCCAUUAAAAUAAUUCUUAACUCACAAAUAAUGCAAAACUAUCGGUCUUUAUUCAAAUACUUGUGGCGCUCAAAGAGGAUGGAAUAUGUUCUCGUUUCCUUGUGGAAGCAACAAAUUAUCCAUGCUCGAAGUGCGAAAAUAAUACCCAAGUUAAGGCCCGUCUUCCAUAUCAGUCAAAUACUCCACGCAGAGAUGAUGCAUUUUAUUCAACAAAUGCAAUAUUAUAUUGAAUUCGAGGUGAUGGAAUGUUCAUGGGAUGAAUUAAUUCGUAAAAUGGAGAAAGCAUCUGAUAUCGAUCAACUAAUCGAAGCUCAAGAGAAAUUUCUUUCCACGGUUAUAUCACGAUCCAUGUUGGAUGCUGAAUCGCAAAGUUUAUCUGAACAAUUGCGAGCAAUUUACGAUAUGAUAAUCCAAUUUCAAGGCGUAGAAGAAAAUCUUUUCAAAGCGAUCGACAAUGAGAUCAGUGAAAGGUCUCAUUUUGAAAAGCAACGACGAUUAACCCAAGAAAAUUUGGAACUUACAAUUCGCAAAGAUUCCGAAAGACGUAAAACUUUUGAAUAUCAUAAAAUUCCCGAUUUCAAGUUGAAAAUUCAACUUUUGGGUAAAACCUACGAAAGUAUGGUACAGAAGUUUCUUCUUCUCCUCGCCGUUCACCAAGAUGCCGAUCUAAGAUUUCUCAGUUUUCGACUUGACUUUAACGAACAUUAUGCCAGAAGAAAUCCUCAUCUUGAGACAUCUUUCACCUAUUCCAAACAUCGGUCUUCCUUGGAUUCUUCGAUAAUCCAACUUCGAAGUGUAUAAAAACAAAUCAUGAUAAUCAACCAAAUUCUAAUAAUAAAGAGAAAUAAUUUAUUAUUUUAAAAGGUAAACGAAAUAAAA